AUGUACUUUUUUGAGGUUACAGCAAAAAAGAGGUUUAUACAAUGCGCAGCCGCUAUCUUUUGGUGUUUACUAGGAGCUGGUCCUAUAUUUGGAUUUGCUGCUUUAAAACCAACUCUUAUUAUUCAACAUGUCUACGAGGAUGUCUGUUCAGGAAAUGAGGACUUGAGUCAGGUAGUGUCCACAGUAUCCGAGCGAACCUUUGGAACUGAAGAUGCUAGUUUCGUAGCAAAAUGUACUGCUCAGGAUUUAAGGCUCAACAUGAUGUUUACUGUUGGUGCAGCUCUCACAAAUAUAUGUGCUCUUGUUAUUGGUGCAGUGCUAGAUAGAGCCGGACCCAGAGUCUGUGGUGCUAUUGCUGCUGCAUUUCUUUAUUUGUGUUGUAUCUCGUUCAUUUUUGCAUCACAGCUUAAAGCAUACUUUGAUCCAUAUCUUGUCGGAUACUCUCUUAUGGCUUUGGGCGGGCCAUUUGCUUACAUUUCUUCGUUCCAGCUCUCAAAUGCUUUUCCCGAGCAAUCUGGACUUAUUUUGGCAAUAAUUACUGGGUCGUUCGAUGCAUCAUCCUCUGUGUUUCUUCUUUACAAGAAAGUUUUUCUUCAUUAUCCGGAUUGGUUUUCGCUUUCCAACUUCUAUAAGUUAUAUCUUUUUGUUCCAUCAUUUAUCCUUCUCGCGCAAUUUACCAUCAUGCCUAGGGAAUCAUACUUGAAUCCACCAGCAGAUCUUAUUCCAAACCCUACUCCAAACCAAAGAAGACUUUCCGAAGCAAUUGCUGCCGAAAGUCACUAUCAUGAAGUCAAUGCCUCUGCUUUAGGAGAUGAUGUUGAAACUCCUAAUAUUGAAGAGGCACCCAAUGAAGAAAGUCCUUUGAUUGAGAGUGUCGCCGUUAACAGAUCAUCUUCAUUACAAUCGCAGACCUCAUCUCAAGCAAAUGCCUUUGAGCGGAUGUCAUCUGUUGGUGAGGCCUAUAAGAGUGCUUACAUACAAGAAGAAAUAUCAGUAGCAAAGCAAAAGCCACAAGAAAUUACCAGCUCCAUUUUUGGUAUUCUUCACGGUUUUCCUACUUCAUACCAGUUUCGUACAUGGUGGUUUUUCCUUAUGUGCGCUUAUUCUACAAUUCAAAUGCUUAGAUUGAAUUAUUUUGUGGCUACGGUGAAUUCUCAAUAUGUGUACUUAUUCGGAUCCUAUCCAACAGCCGAAAAACUUAAUAGAGUGUUUGACAUUGCUCUUCCUUUAGGGGGGAUCGUUUCCAUACCGGUUGUUGGCGCUAUUCUAGAUCAUUUCUCCACGGGCAUUGUUCUUUCACUUUUGUUAGCAUUUUCCUUGCUUGUUGGCAUACUAGGAAUUAUUAAGUUUUCGUUUUUGGCUGGUUUGGCGAACGUCUUGCUUUUUGUUUGUUUCAGACCUUUCUUCUACACAGCUGUCAGUGAUUACUGCGCUAAAGUGUUUGGAUUUGAGACAUUUGGAACUCUUUACGGGGCAAUCAUGACUAUAGCAGGUAUAUUCAACAUUACACAGUCAUACUUGGAUAAGUUGACGCAUACUACUUUCAAUAUGAACCCUAUACCUGUUAAUGUUUUUUUAAUCAUUCUUACCGUUAUAUCUGGUGGUGCCUUGGUUGCAUAUGUUUUUGCACAAGCCAAGAUAUAUCGUAAAAUGAGAGCAUCACGUCAUGCUGCUUAA